CUUCCAAGGGUGGAGGGAGAUCAGCGCCGACAGACAGAACGACCAGAGGAACAAGAAGACAAAGAAGAAGAAGAAGCAACCUAAACAUAAUUAGAAUAAAAAACCUCUAGCCAUUUCCCGGCCAAAUCCACUGCUGGAAAGAUGCUCUCCACGCGUGUCCAGUGCGCUCUCGCGCUCCUCUCCAUCGCGCUCGCAGUCGGCAGCGUGUCCGGUGCACCAUCCGACGCCAAACUGCGCCAGUUUCUUCAGAGAUCGCUCAUCGGAUCUGCUGGAAAACAGGAGCUCGCCAGAUACACGCUUGCCGAGCUGCUGUCGGAGCUCGCGCAGGCGGAGAACGAGGCGCUGGAGGACGACGUGCCCCGCGGCGCCGAGCAGGAGGACGUGCGCAUGGAGCUGGAGCGCGCCGCCGGUCCCGUGCUCGCGCCCCGCGAGCGCAAAGCCGGAUGCAAGAAUUUCUUCUGGAAAACUUUCACGUCCUGCUAAUCAUCUCUAAGCACCAGUCAGUCCAUCAUCGCCACCAUGCUCUGUUAUCUCCUCCACAUUCCUCAUUUUUUCUUUUCUCUGUUUUUUUUUUUUAUUAUUUCUCAUCUUUUAGUUUUUGAACGCCCGCGACCUUCACCACGAUGUUCAUUCAGUCUAUAAAGUCAUUAAAAUCUCCAGAAAAAGAUGUAAAUACGCUGAAAAUAAAAGAUGAUAUCUUUGGUCAUUUGACGAUAGUUUUAACUGUUGGUUUUUAGUUGUGCGGAGAGGCACAUGAGUCAUUAUGAAAGGAUGUUUUUCUGAAUGUAUGCAAACUCUGCUCCCGAAUGUGCUUUAGGCAGAAAAAACAACUAUUUUUAAUUGUUUGUUUGAAUAAAUAUCUAUGUUUCAGA